GUAAUGAAUUCCAUUACGGCGCUCUCUUUCUUCGAGACGAAGACUGCAAAUACAAUUCCACUCAACGGUCAACCGUCAAUUCCUCGCUUAAAGCUCUCUCGCCUCUCACGCAACUCAUUCGUCUUCUUCCCGAGUAAACCAGAGCGUCGCAUCCUCCUUUCAGAGAGCGAAACCUUGCUUGCUUGCUUGCUUGAUAAAUAAGAAAUAAUUGCUCUCUUCAAUGGGUUUCAAUUCAGUCUUUAUAUCUCUGCAAGAGGUCUUUCCGCAGGUUGAUAUACGAGUGCUGAAGGCUGUUGCUAUUGAACACCCUAAGGAUCCUGAUGCUGCUGUGGAAUGUAUUCUUUCUGAGGUGCUCCCCUGUCUUCCCUGUCCAACAGAGUCACAUCGUACUCAGCCUGAUUGUCUGGAGGUUGAAAAUUUGAUUGUUGGAGAAGAGGAGCCAGAGCUUCAGAGGAUAGUUGAAGGAGAAAUCGCAGGUUCACCCUCAAAUUCAAGAUAUGUAGUUAGUGAAGAUGAUAAUUAUAUGAUCAAUACAACUGAUAGUCCUUAUGAUGAUUCAAAAAUUUUCAAUGAAGAGCCUGUUGGUUCUUUAGUUUUAAGUCCUCAUGGUGGAAAUGGUGACAACUUGCAAACAAGCACCUGUAGAUUUAGGUACACAUUGUUGGAUCAGCCUUCAGAUACUGAAACUGAAGAAUUAAUCCCUUUGGAAAAGAGUCAAAAUGACAGUGUCAUGGAGGAGUCAGAUCAGGGUUCGCUUGUGGGAUAUGGAUCUUUAAUAGAAGGAGAUUGUUUCCCUGACUGCUGUAAUGAUGUUUCAACUUUUAACAUCAAAGAUUUCAAUGAGGUGGUGGAUUGGUAUAGUUCGGAAACUUGUGGAGUAUAUAAUGAAGAUCAAUCAUGCUUAGAUGCUGAUUCAUUGGAAGUGGAAAAUCUGCCAGCUACAAGUGAACUUAUUCCAUCAUCUGAAGAAGAAACAUCAUAUUCUGCAAACUCUGGAUCUUUGUCAGUAAAGGUUGGUGAUACUAUUAGUGACUUUGACAAGCCAGAUCCAAUAAGUCCAUCAGAGAAUGUUUCUGCAGAAAAGGUCUUUGAUACUGAAGUAGCUCAGGUUGAAAAUGGAUCUUCAUCAAUAGUCAUGGCAUCACGUUCUAGUCAAAUUGGUAGCAUUGAUCUUCUUGAGGAGAGUAUAGGAGAAGCAAAAAAUAACAAGAAAACUUUGUUCUUGGCAAUGCAGUCCAUCAUCAACACGAUGAAAGAAUUGGAAUUUCAAGAAGCUGCUGCAGAACAAGCAAAAAGAGAAGCUGCCAGGUGUGAUCUGGAUAUUCCUACCAAAGUGGAAGACCUUAGACAGAUACUGCAACAUGCAAAAGAAGCCAACAAUAUGCAUUCGGGAGAAGUUUAUGGAGAGAAGGCAAUUCUAACAACAGAAGUUAGGGAGCUUCAAUCCCGUAUCCAGAAUUUGUCUGAUGAAAGAGAUCAAUAUUUGGCAAUUCUUAAAGAGAUGAGCCAAACCCUUGAAAUACGACUAGCUGCAGCAGAAGAGGAGAUAGAAAUGGCCAAACAAGAUAAGCUAGAAAAGGAAAAGUUAGCAAGAGUGGCUCUUGCAGAGCAAGAGUUAGCUAUGGAGAUGGUGGUUGAAGAGUCCAAAAGACUACAGCAACAAGCAGAGGAUAAUUCCAAGUUACGGGACUUUCUCGUGGAGCGUGGUUCUGUUGUUGAUAUACUGCAAGGAGAAAUAGCUGUUAUCUUCCAGGAUGUGAAGUUGCUCAAAGAAAUGUUUGACGGACGUGUCCCUAUCAGCAAGUCCUUAUCCUCAAGCCAGACAAGUUGUCUUUUGGCAUCUUCGAGCUCAUCCAUUAAGAACCUAGGAUAUGAUCGGGUUCCCGAGAAUGUCAAGACUUUUGAGGACAUGGAGAAGACAUGCCCAGCACCCUCAGUUGUAGGCCAGGUGCAGAAGAGCAGCUCUGAAAAGAAGACAAGCCCAGCACCCUCAGUUGUUUCAGGAGAUGCCAUGAUGCCUUUGGAUGAUGGAUGGGAAUUCUUUGAUGAUGAUGAGGUCGAGUUUAUCUGAAUCACUAUUUCUGAUAAAGUGGGUAGGAGUUUUGGUUCUUUCAAUAGGAUAAAGUAUUGUCUUGAUGCAGUAUGCUCGGCUUUUCUGCAAAAUAAUGUUUUGAGCAAAGAACUCUUGAUAUUUCAGUUUCAUGACACAAAAAUGCCUAUAAUCAUGUUAGCCUUGGUUGCUUA